GUGAGGGCGCAGCCGCCAUUUUGGUGCCGCGGAGCGGGGCCGAGCGGAGGGCGAGGGAAGGGAAGGGGCGGCAGCAGCUGCUCACCCUCUUCAGCGACGGCUUCUUCGGACUUGAAGAGAUGGAAUCCGGAGCCCGUCCGGGCGGCGGGGCGGCGGGGCAAUCCCGCGAGUACAAGCUGGUGAUGUUGGGAGCCGGGGGCGUCGGCAAGAGCGCCAUGACCAUGCAGUUCAUCAGUCACCGCUUCCCGGAGGAUCAUGAUCCCACAAUUGAGGACGCUUAUAAAAUACGAAUACGCAUUGAUGAUGAACCUGCCAAUCUGGAUAUCUUGGACACAGCAGGGCAGGCAGAGUUUACAGCCAUGAGAGACCAGUACAUGAGGGCUGGCGAGGGGUUUAUCAUCUGUUAUUCCAUCACAGACCGGCGCAGUUUCCAUGAAGUGCGUGAGUUCAAACAACUCAUCUACCGCGUGCGCCGCACUGAUGACACCCCCGUGGUCCUGGUGGGAAAUAAAUCUGAUCUGACACAGCUUCGGCAGGUUUCCAAAGAAGAAGGCUCUGCUUUAGCACGAGAAUUUAACUGCCCUUUCUUUGAAACCUCAGCUGCUUACCGCUACUACAUCGACGACGUCUUCCACGCUCUCGUGCGAGAGAUCCGCCGGAAAGAGAAAGAAGCUGUGAUGGCCAUGGAAAAAAAAUCAAAGCCUAAAAGCAGCGUGUGGAAAAGACUCAAGUCACCCUUUAGAAGGAAGAAGGAUUCAGUCACUUGAAUACCUGAGAAUUCCUCUGCAAAAUAACACAAAACCUGAGGACAGCCAUUUGUAACCAAAGCGGUUUAGUGACAACGUUUUGGCAGCGUUGUGUUAAAGCUGAGGGGACUUUGCUGAGGGAAUGCAUAACUUCUACCAGUUGUUUUUGUUUAGAGUGGUGUUCCCUUCAUUUGGGAUGUUUAACUUCAGAGAAGGUAACAGUUGUACUCCUGUUUGUUGUCAUUUUUUUUUACUGGAUCCAGCAAACAUUGCUUGUCUGUCGCUGGUUACAAACGCUGAUAGGUUUAGCUCCCUGCACUUUUCAAUGUUUGUCUUUGGUCACUGUGUACUGGAAACUGAAUUGUGUCAAAUAUGGCUGAAGUUCUACCCAACCUAACCUUCAUUUUUUUCCCUAGUUGUUUGCACAAGGAGAUUUUUGCUGCUCUCUGGAACAGCAGCAGAUGAGAGGCAGCUUGUGGAGGCUGUGUACAGGGUAUGUGUCAGGACUAGCAGCCUUGGCUGUGGACAGAUGGCAUUGCUGUGCUAAGAGUUCUUGUGUUCUCUUUGAAUUUUGAUUUUUUCUUCCAGCAAAAUCAAACGUGGAGUAUUUGUACACAUUUAUCUAACUUGCCAGAUGCUCAGCAGUAUUGCAGGUGGGAUCCUAAAACAAGUCAGAAAAAGCAAAUUCUGGUUCCUGUGGCAGCAGGAGCUUCACAACAGUGCCUGAAUAUGUAGCAUUUUCCUACUGUAUAUAGCAUUUCCUGUGUUGCCAUAGCAUCUGUCAUGUAAUGAUGGUGUAGAAACCACAGUUUUAGUUUUUCUGACUUGCUUGUUAAAAAAUCAUAGUUGGAA